CUGUGUGUUAAAGCAGAAUGCUGCAGUUAAGAGUUGGCGACUCCUUAUUACAGACUCAGAUGAGCAGUAUCUUUUAACCAUAAUAGAGAUACCAGGAUACGAUUCAGUCUAUUGUUAACGACUGUAGUUUUGCGUGUUGCCUGUUUAAACCCGUUUUAGAACUUCGUUGGCGCCCCUCCCCCCCACUAUUAUCCUAGGUUGUGAGCAAAGAGUAGUACUGCAGUUAUGUGAGUGCUUAUCAAAUGCGCGUGUACCUAAACCAAGUCAGCGUAGCAAUUAAUUAGCGCGGUUCACCUUGCUGCGGAACCACCGGGGUAUGCGGUUAGGAAUGGUGGCGUGGUGUAUAGGUAGUUACUGUACUGUACCAACAAAAUAAAAUGUGCAUCUCAGAUGGAGCAUGCAUUCAUCAUUCACCGUUCGUAGCAGUUGCACCGUCCUAUCCGAUUACAGCCGCGGAAGUGGAAGUGAAGGUGAAAAAAACGACAAUCAAUUGCCAGUGCAGCAGUUCAACCGAUCUCAGCAUGUCUCUGGCGGGUCAAAGUGCGGUCGUUUUUGGUGGCUGCGGUGGCAUGGGAAUGGCAAUAGGGCAGCAUCUGCUCAGGCAGGGAGUGAAGAAACUGUGCAUCGUUGAUGUGGUGGAGCUGACCGAUUCCAAUCUGUCGUGUUUGAAAGAAAGCGGUCGCGAUGCGCUGAUACUCUGCAAAAUCUGCGACAUCUCGAAUCGUGCGGCGUUGAAGCAGCUGCUGGAGCGGGACAUCAGCGAGGCGCUGGGCUCGAUCGAUAUCUUGGUGAAUUCGGCCGGCAUCGUUGAGAGUGAAGUGCCCGAUAAACUGAUCGGCGUUAAUUUGACGGGAGUGAUCAACUCAUGCCUCAUUGCGCUGAACUUGAUGUCCCGGGCGAAGGGUGGCAAGGGUGGCGUUAUAGUGAAUGUGGCAUCAACAGCAGGGCUAGAACCGAUCCCAUUUCUUCCCACCUAUUGUGCAUCGAAGCACGGCUUAAUUGGGUUCACACGAUCGCUGGGGGUUGAACCUGUGUACAGCGAAACUGGCGUCAAGUUUAUCAUCAUCUGUCCGGGUGGGACGCGUACUCGGAUGUUUGAAAACUGCCGCUCACUGUCGAUUGAGAUCGAGGUGUUGCAAACGAUGUUUCGCGAAUUUAAACAUCCGUAUGCGCCGCAAAGCCCUGAUGUCGUUGGAGCUUGCAUAGUGCAGGCCAUCGUUGAGGGAGACAACGGGUCGACUUGGAUCUGUAACGAUGGUAAAAUCGAAAUUCAUUCCUACCCAGCGUCCCGGUUUUUGUGAGUAUGUGUGUUGCAUAAGAGUACAGAAAGGAUAUUCCAAAUACAUUAUAUUGAGGCAAAAUAAAUGUGGAUAUUGGUA